AUGAAAAGAGGCCAUCGACUUCAACGGCUUCGACUGCCCACUACACCCUAUGUUCCGGAACCUUCACCAUGUACCCCAUGCUCUGUAUUUUCAUUUGAUUUGCCAAACAGUCCCGUGAUUAUGAAAGGGCGUCCAAGGUUUCAUCGAUCGGUCAGCCAUGGAGCUCCGCUCACUCCAAGAAGCAUUUUCUCAUUUGAUACAGCUUUCGAUUUCGCAUCGCCGAAAAGCCCUCGGACUCCACGGACACCGAUGACCCCUAUCACGCCAAAAACACCCAAAACGCCGAAGUUCCCAGAAUUGCCGACAAUCGAGGAGUCAAGGAAUUCUUUUAGUUUUGGGAUCCCAGCCAAGGAAGAUGCAUCUACAGAAGACACCACCUCGACCGACAGCUUGUCGAGGAAAACUGAUUGGAAAUCAAUAAGAUUGAUCAUGGUUGUCAUACUGUUAACUCGAAUACAAUUCACAGUAUAUUUUGCCUCGUUAUGGCCUUUUCUACAAGAGAUUGAUAGCACUGCUACAAUGCAAGACUUCGCGAUUAUCAAUGCUGCCUACAGCAUUGGUAUGGCUGGCUCUGCACCGUUUUUUGGUUACUUGUCAAACAAGCUCGGAUGUAUUCGUACUCCAUCACUGUACUCAAUGGUGCUCAUGCUUAUCACAAAUUUUAUGUACAUGUUCCUGCACGCCAUUUCCGGAUAC